CUGAGCGUUCAGUUUCAUGCGAAUUUCUACGCCGCUAGACCGGGCUUUCAUUGGAUCAUUGAAUGGACAAUAGCUGAAUUUCAGCGGCUGAGACAACUCGCGAUUUCUGAAUAGGCGUUUCAGGCGUCGAGCCUUUUGGAUGGACUUACAGCCGAUUGAGCAUCUCCCUAAUCAAGGUUAAAUGUGUUGAAAUAAUCUAUUACUGAAGUGACAGCUUUAAGAUGUACAUAAAACAGGUGACGAUACAAGGGUUCCGAUCCUACAGGGACCAAACUAUUGUGGAUCCUUUCAGCCCCAAGCACAAUGUUGUUGUUGGUAGAAAUGGAUCUGGAAAAAGCAACUUUUUCUAUGCCAUCCAGUUUGUUCUCAGCGAUGAGUUCAACAAUCUUCGGCCAGAGCAGCGCCAGGGUCUCUUGCAUGAAGGUACUGGCCCGAGGGUAAUCUCUGCCUUUGUUGAGAUUAUCUUUGAGAACAGCGACAACAGGAUUCCUAUUGAGAAAGAGGAGGUGACGUUGCGUCGUGUCAUCGGCUCCAAGAAAGAUCAGUACUUCCUGGACAAGAAAAUGGUCACGAAAACUGAUGUGAUGAACUUGCUAGAGAGUGCAGGAUUUUCCAGGAGUAAUCCUUACUAUGUUGUGAAACAAGGAAAGAUAAACCAGAUGGCUACAGCCCCUGACUCGCAGCGUCUCAAACUAUUGAGAGAAGUGGCUGGGACCAGAGUCUAUGACGAGAGAAAGUCGGAGAGUCAAACCAUCCUCAAAGAAACAGAGGGUAAGAGGGAGAAAAUCCAAGAUUUGUUAAAGUACAUCGAGGAGAGACUGCAGACGCUGGAGGAAGAGAAAGAGGAACUGAAGCAGUAUCAGAAGUGGGAUAAAAUGAGAAGAUCCCUCGAGUACACCAUUCAUAACCAGGAACUCAUGGACACCAGGAAGAAGCUUGAAGAUCUUGCCAACAAACGUGAGAAUAGUGGAGAGAUGACUAAACACAUCAGAGAUGCACAGGAGGAGGCAUCAAAGAGAAUCAAGACGAUCAACAAGGAGCUUCGAGAGUUGAAAGGUCGCUUGAGAACGGCCAAUGAGGAGAGAGAUCACCUGACCAAUGAGAGACAAGAUCUGAUCAAGCGACGUGCCAAGCUAGAGUUAUCCGUCAAAGACCUGCAGGAAGAAGUCAAGGGGGAUGUGGAUGCCAAGGGUACCAUUGAGGUCCAGAUGGAGAAGUUAGACACAGAGAUCAGUGGUAAGCAAGGAGAGCUGGAAGCUAUCAUGCCACGCUAUGAGGAUCUUCAACGGGAGGAAGAGCAGUGCACAGCCAGAUUACAGCAAUGUGAGCAGCGUCGUACGGAGCUGUUUGCCAAGCAGGGUCGGGGCAACCAAUUCACCACCCGAGACGAUAGGGACAAAUGGAUCCGCAAAGAACUCAAAGCUCUUAACAAAUCCAUCAAGGACAAAGAGGAACAGAUCUCAAGGCUGCGUGAUGACAUCACAUCUGACAUCCGUAAGAACGAAGAUCUGGAGGGAAGGAUGGCCAAACUGAACAUUGACAUUGAGCAGAUGAAGGACACGGUGGAAGGCUCCAACAGAAGCCAUUAUGACCUCAAGAAACGCAAGGAUGACCUCCAAAAUGAGCGCAAUGCUCUAUGGAGACAGGAGAACAGCAUUCAGCAAGAGAUUGCUACGACCAGAGAAGAACUGCACAAGAAGGAACAAACCCUCCGAUCUAUGAUAGGAAAGGCUGUCCUUCGAGGUAUCGACAGCAUCAAGCGAGUCCUGGACAACUUCCGCGAGAAGAACAUCCAUCCAGAAGUCCAGGAAGGUUACCACGGCGUCUUGAUCGAGAACUUCUCCUGCGCAUCUCGCUUUAACACCUGUGUGGAGGUCACUGCUGGCAGCAGAUUGUUUUACCAUAUUGUGGAUACCGAUACGAUCAGUACGAAGAUUCUCUCCGAGAUGAACAAACAUAAGAUGGCUGGUGAAGUCACCUUUAUGCCUCUUAACCGUCUAGAAGUCAGGGAUACUAUCUACCCUGAAUCACCAGAUGCUCUUCCGAUGGUCUCUAAUCUGGAGUAUGGGGAUACCCUUGCCAAUAUCUACAAGCAUGUUUUUGGCAAGACUCUGAUCUGUCGUAACAUUGAGGUUGCCACCAGCUUCUCUCGCACUCAGAAUCUUGAUUGUGUUACCCUUGAAGGUGACCAGGUCAGUCGCAAGGGAGCCAUCACAGGAGGCUACUACGACACGCGCAAGUCUCGUCUGGAGCUGCAGAGCGGCAUCGUGGAGCUGAGGACUCGGCUCAGCAACCAGGAGCAGGAGUACAAGGAGCUGAGGGACAAGCUCCAGAAGGUCGAGGUCGACAUCACCAGUCUCAUGAGCGACAUGCAGAAGAUUGAGACCAAGAACAGAAAGAACAAGGACAUCUACGACAAGAUGCGAAGUGACAUGAGGAUCAUGAAAGAGGAGAGUCAGGUCAUCCAGAAGUCCAUGGCGCCCAAGGAACGGCGUCUUCAGAGUCUGGCUACAAACCUUGAGGCCAUGCGUAGUACGGCAUCCUCACUGGAAGAAGAAAUUGGUACCGAUUUACUUUCACAGCUUAGCAUGGGUGAUCAGAGGGAGGUUGACGGCUUGAAUGAUGAGAUCAAGGACUUGAACCAACAGAACAAGAGAGCCCUCGCUGAAAGAGUCAAGCUUGAAGGACAGAAGAACAAGAUAGAGAACUACCUCUCCGGCAAUCUCAAUAGGAAACGUGAACAGCUCAUGCAGGAACUUCAAGAAAUCUCGAUUGAGGAUCGCCGUCAGAAGCUUGAGAAUAAUACGAUGGAGAUGCAGACAGCUGAUACUGCUAUUGAUACCAAUAAGUCGAGGCUAGAAGACAUUGAGGGUCAGCUGGAAGGGUUGAACAGAGAGCAGAGCAGUAAGCAAGGUGACCUGGAGGAAUGGAAGAGCAAGGAGAGAGAGUUUGGUGAUAAGAUCCAGGAUGAUGCUAAGAUGCUGGAGAAGAUGACCAACAAACAGAGCUUGUUACUCAAGAAGAAAGAGGAGUGCAUGCGUAAGAUCCGUGAGCUUGGUUCCCUUCCGAGCGAUGCCUUUGAGAAGUACACCCAUCUCUCCCUCAAGGCGCUCUUCAGGAAACUUGAACAGUGCAACCAGGAGCUCAAGAAGUACAGCCACGUCAACAAGAAGGCCCUCGACCAGUUCGUCAACUUUUCUGAUCAGAAGGAGAAACUCAUCAAACGCAAGGAUGAGUUGGACAAUGGCCAUGCUGCCAUCACUGAUCUGAUGAACGUCCUGGAGCUGCGUAAGUACGAAGCCAUCCAGCUGACCUUCAAGCAGGUGUCCAAGUACUUCAGUGAGGUCUUUGAGAAGCUGGUGCCUGGAGGCAAGGCCACACUAGUCAUGAAGAAGGGAGACUAUGAAACCUCCCAGGAGUUGGAGAAUGAAGGAGCAUCAGGUUCAAGUGGAAUUCCAUUGGUAGAACAGUUCACAGGAGUGGGCAUCAAGGUAUCAUUUUCUGGUAAGGCCGGUGAGACUCGUGAGAUGCAGCAGCUGUCCGGAGGUCAGAAGUCACUCGUCGCCCUGACGCUCAUCUUUGCCAUCCAGAAAUGUGACCCCGCCCCUUUCUACCUCUUCGAUGAGAUCGACUCUGCCCUUGAUGCCAUGCAUAGGAAAGCAGUGGCAGACAUGAUCCAUGAGCUUGCAGCCAACGCUCAGUUCAUCACAACCACCUUCAGGCCGGAGUUGCUGGAAUCGGCUGACAAGUUCUACGGUGUCAAGUUUAGGAAUAAGGUGAGUCACAUCGAUGUCAUCAGCAAGGACCAAGCUCAAGAUUUCCUAGAAGAUGAUGUUGCCCACACCUAAUCUCUGAAUGGAUUUUUCCUGCAGACUCAAAACAUCACAUAUCCUGUACAUAGACAUUUAGCUCUCUUAUGGGUUGCUCCAAUUUUUCAUAGGGGUAAUUUUUAAGAUUGGGUUGUAGCAUUCACUUGUAAAAAAUAAACAAAAUGCUGUAAAUAUGAAAACUUGUUGUUUCAGAUGUUUCUGAAACUUCAGAACAUUAUCCUGUUAAAUUCAUGUGUAUUCACAUUAUUGUGGUAACAAAUUAAAUUACAUUGAUAGCUCAAGAAACAUUUAUCUACAACUAAUGUCAAAUGUCAAAUAAGGAAAUAUGCUUUUUAUUGUAGCAACACAACAAACAACUUUUAUAGAGAUAAAUGAUUCUGAUGAGACAUUCCAUGAAUAAGCAUGUUUGAAGCAUUUUAAUUGCUCCUUGAAACUCAAGAUAGUGGGCAAUAAUAAUGAAUAUUCAGGAUUUUCAUGUAGGAUUUGAUUAUUUAAAUCAAUCUUUUGCUACAACAUGCACCCAUACAAGAAGAGAAAUUCUUAAAGCAGUAUAAAUCAGAAAGUUCUAGUCUUUUCCUUUGAUGUACCAAGUGAAAUAAGUAACGAGUAUUCUUGUAUUGUCGUCAUAUACUCAUGUUCCUCGAUUUUUAUUCAAAAUAGUCUGUACAAGUAGAAGUGUUUUUGUUCGUUUACAGUUUAUUGGUAUGUAUAGAUUUAUCCAUUUCCUCUGUAAAUAUAAUUCUGUGUUUCAAAUUUGUGAAGAAUUUUGCGUAGUUUUUUUGAGAUCCUUUUUCAUCUAGAUAUAUUACAUUUGUGUAUCAAACAGGGAUACAAGUGUAGGAAAGGAAAAUUACAAUUGAAUACACAGGGAAUUGGUCGAGGUUCCCAAAUGGAGAAAAGAAAUAUCACCUUCAUGUAGGAGUUAAAUUGAAUCUUUAGAUGUUUGUGUUUUUCAUGUCAAUGUACAAUGUAAUUUCCAGUUUGAUGCAUCUGAUAUUAUUUAUUGUAUAAACACAUGUGUUUUCCCAGUGCUCUUGACAACAGUUAUUACAAAAUAUAAUGGACUUUAAAUUUGAAUUAAGCUUUCAAAAAUAUGAAUGGAGUUUUCAAAAAUAUAAAUUGAGUUUUCAAAAAUGUGAAUAGCGUUUCAAAAAAUAUGAAUGGAGUUCAUAUCCUAAACUUACUUUAAAAAAAUCUUUGGAGCUGUUGGUCAAAAUUCACACUGAUACAUAUAUCGUUAUCUAUGUCCAUGAGACAGCAAUGGUGCUAUGUCUGAGUAAUUACGGGUGUCACUCCUUAACGAAAGUAUGAAAGAAAAACAAAUUUCAUGAUGCUGCCAUAAAUCUAAUUUUCCUCAAUCUCCACUGGUAGAUAUAUCAUUAGUUGGCUUAUUAGUUGGUUGAAUUUAGCCCGCACAUCUCAAUUUACCAUUGAAAUUCCAUGAUUUGUAAGUGGCUGUGGUGCUAAUAGAGGCAGCACUAUAAUUGUUCACCCAUUCAAUAAAGGACUUUUUACAACGUUAAGGCUACUUUUUCUUCUUGAAAUUGGCAACACCGGUAUAUAUUUUUCAGAAUGGUAUGAACAAACUGAGAUUGAAAACCCUUUAAACAUUUUGCCAAUUCAAGGAUGAUAACUUGGACAAUUGUCCAGCAUAUAGGCACAAAACCAGAGUGCCAUUGACUUUUUAAAUGAAACAGAUGUUUUAGGCAUUUAAAGGGAAAUACUUUGUGAUAAAUGUGUCUCAUCUUCACGUGUUAUUCUACAAGUUUUGUGUCUGUACAUAGAAUAUCAUUCAUUUUUGGAAGGCUUUUGCUGGUGUUCUAUCAGAAAUCUUGUACGGUUUGUGUCAUCUAAUGUUGGUAAGUUGUUAUUAAAUUGCAACAUUUGUUUAAUAAAUGUCA